AUGGAUACAGACCAUAGUAAACAUACUGUUUAUAUAUAUCCUGAUGACUAUGAAAAAAAUGGAAAUAAAUUACUUGUUUCAGAUCAUCCAUUAAUUCAUAGCCCUAUUGAUGCAGUAGAACACUGGGUAGAAGAUGACCCAGAUCACCCUUUUAUUGGAGAAAGAAAAUAUAUUCCAGGAGGAAAAAGAGGAGACUAUGAAUAUUAUUCUUAUAAAGAAGUUUUAGAAUAUUCAAAAACUAUUGCACGUGGGUUAAUUAAAAUGGGAAUUAAAAAAGGAGAUAAUUUAGGAUUCUUUUCUAGAAGAAGACUUGAAUGGCAUUAUCUUUUUAUUGCGUGUAGUUAUAUUGGAGCAAGAAUUUGUAGUUUGUAUGAGAGUCUUGGUAAAGAAGCUGUUAAAUAUAUUAUUGGACAUGCAGAACUUAAAUAUAUUUUUACUUCAAAUGAAAAAAUUAAAGUUUUAGAAGAAGUUGGUUGUUUGAGAAAUAUUAUUUUUAUUAAUGAAUUUGAAGUAGAACAACCUUCAAAAGAUGGAAUUUUGACUUCAUUUCUUGAUAUCUAUAAAUUAGGACUUACAAAUACUAAUAUUUUAUUAACAAAAGUUAAACCAGAAGAUGAUGCGUUAUUAAUGUAUACAAGUGGAACUACUGGAUUUCCUAAAGGAGUUCCUUUAACUCAUGAAAAUUUGAUUUCAUGUGCAACAAGUUUAGUUGAAAGAAUUCCUUUAGAACUUUUGUUAUUACAUCCAAGAGGAACUGACCCAAUGUCUAGUAUAUCUUUCCUUCCACUAGCUCAUGUUUUUGCUAUAGUCUUAGAAAUGACAAUAUACCGUCUUGGUGGAGUUAUUGGUUUAAUGUCUCAAGGUAUUCCAACACUUGUAGAAGAUAUUAAAUUAAUGAAACCUGUAGUUCUUGCUGCUGUUCCGCGAGUUCUUCAAACUAUUUAUAGUAAAGUAAUGGAAGGAUUAAGAGAAACAUCUUGUUUAACACAACUAAUUUAUAGUAGUGCAUUUUACUUAAAAGAAAAACGAUUAGAAUUUGAACCAACUGCUUUAACCCCAAGUUUUGAUAACAUCUUUUUUGGUCCGAUCAAGGAAAAGUUUGGAGGUAAACUACAAAUUAUUAUAAGUGCUGGUGCUCCUUUGACAGAAGAAAUUGCUAAAUUUUUUAGAAUAGUUAUUGUAGAUGCUUUAUUUAUUGGUUAUGGAUUAACAGAAACUACAGGAAUGGGAUUAGCAUCACAAUUUUCAAAUGGAGUUCAUCUUGAUGUAGCUGGAAGACCAUACCCAACUGUUAUGGCAAAAAUGGAGUGUGUUCCUGAAAUGGGAUUUUGUACUCAAAAUGAAGAGUGCUGUGGAGAAAUAUAUCUUAAAACUACUGCUGGAUUUAAAGGGUAUUACAAAGAAAGUGAAGAAUAUAAUAAUGAACAUAUAAAAGAUGGAUGGAUUAAAACAAAUGACAUUGUUAAGUAUCGUAAAGAUCAUGAUUUUGAAAUCAUUGCACGAGCAAACAAUAUUUUUAAACUUUCACAAGGAGAAUAUAUUUCAACAGAGAAAAUAGAAAAUAUUCUUCAAGAAUCUAACUAUGUUAAGGAUAUUUUUGUUGAUGGUAAAUCAACUUUAAAUUAUUUAUAUGGUAUUGUUGUUCCUCAAUUUAUAUUCUUAAGAAAAGAAAUUAUUGGAACACCAUUAGAAAACAAAACAGAUGAAGAACUUUGUAAAAACCACCAAAUUAUUGAAAUGAUAUUAAAUGAUUUAAAUAAAGUAGCAACUGAACAUGGGCUUAUGGGAUAUGAAAAAGUUAAACGUAUUAUUCUUCAUCCAUAUCCUUUUGAUAUCGAAAGAGAUCUAAUUACACCUUCAUUAAAAAUUAAAAGAAAUAAUAUAAAAAAGUAUUUUGAAAAAGAAAUCACUGAAUUACUUAUAAAUUAA